AUGGAUUCUAGUGGCAAUUUGUUAAUAUUCAAUCCCACACCUCCAGGCUUCUAUCCAUCAAUACGAGCUACGAGAUCAAUACCAUUCAUUACAUUUCCAGAACCUUGCCCGUUAGGUAUGUACAAGGACCAAACUGGCAUCAAUGAUUGUAUGCUUUAUCCGACUGGUACAAAAAAUUCUGGCAAUGCCACUAUUCAAUGUACUCCAUGUGCAUCAGGCGAAUUUUAUCCACUUGGCUCAGUGAGUGAAAUAUCUCAAUCUGCAUUGAAAACUAUCGAACAAGUUAUUGCCUAUCCAAAAUCACCUGACACUACUAUAUUUGAUGAGAUUUUAAUUCAAAAUAUGUUUCAUAUUGGAUCGGGUCGUUAUCUGUUGGUAUCGCCCUUAUUUUGGACAUUAAUUGUAGUUGGUUUAGCUCUUCUGGUUGUGAUAAUCAUGGGAAUGCUUAAAUUUUUCAUCAGACAUCACACAUGUGCGCAAAUAAGAAAACGUAUUCAAUGGAUAUUUAAAAAAACAGAUUUGAUUGGAGAAGGUGAACUAUGGGUCGGUGGUUUGAUAUCAUUUUCUAUCGUGGUUCUUGUUAGUUUUGCCUAUGCGUUUAGUAAUGCCUAUCUCAAGCAGUAUCCCAUUGAAACUUCGACUGAUUCCUAUUUCGCUUGUGAUCUUUCGAUUCGUAAUGCGAAAUUUCAAACACAUCUUCAAACAUUAGCUAUACCGCCGCCAGAAACUGAACGAAAAAUGUUCGAUUUAUUAAAUGAGCAAAGCUUGUUGUUAAAUGUCGAUUUUAUUAACACAUUUAUUAAUUGUGAUGUCGUAUCUAUUCAAGCUCUCUUUGGUAAUAUCUGGUCGACGAUUCGGUGGUCUAAUUGUCAAAAUAUUGAUUCGAUUUUAAGUCUAUCGAUUCCUCUUCCCCAUCAGCAUAUAUCGGUAGAAAUCACGCUAGCUCAAGUUCAAACAAUCGGUGCUUUACGCAUUGGUGUAAGUGGUGACAAACAUGAAGAAGACUCAUAUAAACUUCAAGAAUUAAAUUUUUACAGAUCUUUUUCGAAGAAUGGAUCUGUUCUAGCACAAAUAUUACCUGUGUCUCUCACGCUAACAAAAGUGAUCAAUGAAACAUUAUCAAUGAAAGGUGAAAAGUCCAAUUUUAGUGGCAUUUACAUUCCAACAUACACGAUUGAUCUAAAUAAUUUAUUUAUUUCACGAGAUCAAUAUAUUCGUUCAACAUCGCAAGCGAUUAUAUUGUCGAUUGUACUGAGUGAAACGCCUUACUAUGUCAAAAAUCAACAACAGCCAAUAGCCAAACAACCAGAGAUUAUAUUUCACAAUGUUCUAUUUACUGUAGUUUGUCUGGAAAUAUUUGGUCUGAUAUUUAUAUUGUACAAAUUGAUUUUCAAAACAAUUUAUCAUUCAAUCUGUUGGGUCGUAUUUCGUCACCAUGAAAAAUCUAAAAAGAAUGGCGAAGAAAUGAAUAGCGACUUCAAAUAUUCGAAUACAUGGUCUAAUACCAGUGAUGUUGAUGAACACCCUAUAACAGAUGUUUUUUAG